AAGCUAUUAGUAUCUCGGAUGAGGAUCAUGGUAAUCCUAUAUCUAGCGUAUAUUCAGAAAAUAAUUGUGUUCGUGGUCGUGCUGGAGGUCGUGGCCGUAACCAUAGGCGUGGCCGUGGUCGUGGUCGUGGCCGUGGUCGUGAUAAUCAUGAUCUUGGUGGUCCAAGUAGAAACAGUAGCGACAACCGGAGCUUAAGACAACGUUGUCCUGUUUUGGGAAGCCAGGUACAUACUACAUAAAUAAAAUUGAUAUCUACUUAUUGAUGAUUGAAACAUAUAAAACUUAGUGUGAUUAUUAUCUAUUAAAUUAGAUACUGGAAAUUAUAUAUAUAUCCAUAGAAAGUAGAUUUUGGUUUAUAGUAUUGCUAUGAACCACGAGUAUACCCACCAGAGAGAAAGAAACCAAAACCAUCCGCGAACCGCGAUGAUAGUAUAAGUUGAUUUAUUAUGAAAAUUCUUAAAAGUAUGUGUUGAUUAGAAAAAGAAAGUGUUGAUACAAAAUGUUGUCAGACGACAUUACAUGUUCAUGGUUAGAACUUCUACAUGGACGACGAUAUACACAAUUUAUAUUUCGUUUUUCUUUGUAGUAGAACUAGUUAUAUUUUGUUUUAACAUAUAUAUAAUUUAAUUGAGCAUCUAUUGGGAGUCAUAUGUUUUUGAGUCCCCUAAUUUACAUCUGGCGGGCUAUAUUUGGUACUUCUUUCUUACAGUUUUAUUUUCUCUUCUGGUUAUUGUAUUUAUGAUAAAUUCAUGACUACUGUAAAUGAGUCUUUAAACUAGUAUACUUAACUUGCAUGCCUGAGUUUACGUGAGCUACUUUGCACAGGCAAAUCCGCGCAUCCCGGGUCAACCAUCUUCGACAAACAAUAUGGUGCGUUACAAACUCAAAUCUCUUUUUUAACCAUGGAUGCAUGACCACAUAUUUAUGUAAUUCUAUAUAUAUUCUUGAUAAAUAACAAAACACACAUGAAAUCUAUAAUCUGUAUCAGUUAAACCAUAGUUUUUUUUGCUAAAAUUUGGUCAGUUAAACCAUAGUUUAUCUUUCUUUAUAGGUUAAUAAUGAUGUAGUCGAAGUUGUUAACUUGGAGAGUUAUACAGAUGAAGAUGGUGAGAACAAUAAACAAUACUAUUUGAUUUAUAAUUGGCAAAGUAUGUUCCGGUUGCUGCUGAAAGCCAAAGAAGCUGAUUUUUUUUUCUCGUUUUUGAACAUUUAGAUGCUUUAGUGUAUGGAGGCUUGGAAGAUUUACCAUGUUGGGAAAAUUCGCAACAGGUUUGUAAUAGCAAAUUAUAUAUAUAUACAUACAUAUUAAUAUUUUGUAUAAGAGAUUAAAUUUAAGAAUAAUGUGACAUUUUUUUCUUUUGGUUUUACAGAUGUAUGGUGACUGGCGUAAAUGGUGAUCUGAAUCAAGUUGGUGAAGUUAUCUUUUUGGGUAUUUAUCUGAAUGUAUUGACAGUGAGAUGUUUUUCAAUUGACUGCUGCGUUUUAAAGGUUACAAACUAUAUUAAUGAUUUGAGACAAAUAUUGAUACCCAUAGCUAAGGAUUUUUAAAAAAUAAUAUCAUAAAUUUGGACAGAAGGUUUGCAUUAUUUCCCUUAUGCAUAUGCGCUUGCAAAAAUUUCUAAACCAUAAUGUAGUAGGCAGAGUUGGGCCAGUUGGCUACUCAGAUCUUCCUCUUAUAGUGAUUCUGACAAAUUAGAAAGUACAAAAGAAUCAUUCGUUUGCCACUUUCUUACUAAACGACAGUAUUUUGCUUAUCUCUCUUUUGUCUUUUCCCAACUAUUCAAGAUCUUCACUAGCAAUAAAUAAUGAAUACAUUUACACACCCCAAGAGCUAAGGAAGACAAAAAUAUUCUUAAAUAAUCACGACGUCAGACUUUGAAUCGGAUAUCCAUUUGACCAUACCGUCUGGAUACUACAAAGAUUACGUUUCUGUGUAAAAGUCCAUCACAUGUUCUCAAAAAAAUAAAGUAGGAGAAAAAAAGAACUGAAUGGUUGGUUGGUAAAGAAAGAUGAUACGUAGCUUCCGGUUUAGAGCUCCGACGAACCAUCCCGGUUCCUCCAUCAAAACCGACCACAGCCACCGGUUAAUCAGGUUUCCAACGAAAUGCUCGUCACCAGAUCUCAGCCAUUACACGGUUCUUGGUUUGACUCCUUUUCCAUCUCAAGCCGAAGUCAAGCGAGCCUUCAAACGUCUCGCCCUUAAGUACCAUCCAGAUGUGCAAAAGGGACAGGAGAAGGAUUUCAAGGAGAUCAUAUCAGCUUACGAGUGUUUGAUGCAAAAGUUUGAGAGUCAAGAAGAAGAAGAAGUAGAGGAGAUUACAGAACUGGAUGCAACCGACGAGUGGGAAGAAUGGAUGGGAUUCGAAGGUGGGAUACCAUCAAGCGUGUACACUUCUUUUUAGAGAAAAUACCAACGUGUACUUGUUACACCAAAUAGAGGUAGAGUCAUAUUAACCAAGAUUUUGAACUGUCACCGGAGAAAAGAUAUAAUAUGAAAUUGAAAUGUCUGAACUUAAAAAAAAAACCAUUAGUAAUUUCUUAUGAUAAUAAAUUAUGGUGUAAACAUAAAAAUUACUUGUUAUGGUAAUUUUAAUUUUAUUUUAAAUUGGUUGAAUAAAUAUUAUGGUUUAUGCAUUA